GCGGCGCCGGGCGGAGCAGAGGGUGGUAUUCGGGUUAAGAUAAAUAAGUGCAUUUUCUGCACAAGACGACGGCGUAUAUAAAUAGUUGGGCACAACAACAACACAACAGACACCGUACACCGAUAUAAUCCGAUCCGAACCACCCACGGCCCGGCCAGUUGCGUCGUGCUGAAUGUCCUAUUGGCGCUGGUUGUGGUGUGUGAUCAAAAUGAUCUACCAGCUACUGUGCUGCUCCGUGAGCCUGAUAUUCUUCUGCUUCAACGUCUUCUGGCUGUUCUGCAAUCUCGCCAUACCCUGGUGCACCGUCACCCUGGUCGUUGUAUGUGUCGCCUCCAAGUUCGUGAAGCUGCAGCGCAGUCCCAACGAGAAGCGUCUGCUCAGCCUGCUGAGCACACCGGAUGAUAGGCCUAGCUACUGGCCAAUUGCUAACCGGGCGGCUGGGUACGAUGCGCCCGAGAACUCCAAGGCAGCUAUCAAAAAGUGCCUCGCACGUGGAUAUCGAAACGUGCUUUUGGACGCCAGCCUCACGUCCUGCGGCGAAAUUGUGGUGGCCAACCCCAAGCGGCUGAACGUGGCCCAGCAACCGUUGACGGAGCUGCAGAAGCUGAACAUCACGGACCAGCAUCCAAUGGGGUCGCAGUAUGAAGCGGAAUCGGUGGCCACGCUCAGGCAGCUGUCGGACUUUCUGGACACGGAGGAUGCGACUCAAGCCACCUUAUUUCUGCGCCUGCACGACAACAGUGCCCGCAUGCUUGAUCAGCUGCAAAAGUUCAUGGCCGCCAACGAGACGUUCACACAACGCACAAUUGUCAUAAGUCGCUCCCCAUUGGCCAUAUACCAGCUCCGUAAGCUACAGCCAGAAAUCACAUGCGGUCUGUGGCACGAGACCUAUUUGUCGCUGUCCAUCCUCAAGUCCUCUACACUGAUUACCUCCAUUUACGGUGCAAUCUUCCGAAACAUCAUUGCACCCGUGAUCGGAAUUAGCAUUGUCUUUUUGAACAAAGAAGAGUUUAACUUGCACAUUGCCGACCUGUGGCGCAACGUGGGCGUUCGUCCAAUUGUCUAUAUGGUGAACUCGCCGAACGAGAAGCGUUACUUUCAAAAGACCAUGAAAAUCCAGUAUCUAACGGAUUCGUUGCGCUCAGAGCCGCACCUCCUUGUAAAAGCCUAGAGUAUCACUGACAACGAACCCCCGUCUAUGACUCUGACAGACGCACAAAAAAAACUACACAAAACUGUGUUUGCAUUUAGCGCAGCGCUUAGACCCUAGAUACUUCUUGUUUUAGUGUCCUGUCGUCCACUUCCAUGUGUUUUUGUAGAAGCUUUAGAAAGUAUUAUCCGAUGUUUGCUAGCACCCACGCACCAGUGAGAUCAAAGCUAUGAUUUAAGUGUAUAUUUAUAUUUAUGUUUAUAUAGGUUCUGUGCUUUAUUUUAUUUAUAUCGACCACCCGAUUUAUUUCGGUAUGCUAUUUAUUUUGUUAUGUAUGGCUUUAUAUUUUUAUACCCGCCGCGAUAUGUUCUCAAAGUUUGUAUAGGCUUACAUAUAUACAAUGUACAAUAUUUCUACCUUUAUACUCAACACAACCGUAUGCCAUAUACGGCAUAUGUCUUUUUGAUGUGCUUUAUACUUACAUAUAAUAUACAAAAUUCGCUUUGGUUUUGAGUGCCCUUGUCUCAAAAACAAGUCCUUACAAGUCUUUGCCUCAGCUGUAAUAAAGUAGCACCAGAUAGAAGGGAAAGAGGAAUAUAUGUGUGUAUACCAAAAAUACAAAAUAAUUAAAAAUUAAUACGAUUU